AUGGCUCUCAACCAACGGCAAGUCGAGGUCCUCACCAAGAGAGAGGACUUUGGUGUAGUCAGUCGCUUGUCUGGAGAGUCAAAGGCAUCUUUGUCAUCUCAAUACAGAUGGGAGAACAUCGUCAUGCCAGCUCCAGUGGCGUUGAAUGCCCUUGGUGCUUGUGCUGUCGCCACCGGCUCUCAGACGGCCAAAGCCACCUUUAUACCCCCAAGAGAAGGGUUCAAGUACCUGAGUGACUUUGCCGGAUUCAGGCUCCAGGCGAAUCUCUCGAAGUGUGUCGAUCUGGGUCGAUUCACCUUCAUGGAGACAGACAAGCAGAUGGGCAAGAUCAACAUGCUUUCUGAGGCAGUCUAUGGAAAGUUUGAGAAUAUCCUUGAAGCACUUUCCGACCCAGAAGCUCCCGGACACCUCCUUAUACGGGAGAUGGAAGCUUGGAAUUAUGCAUCUCGGGACUGUUUGGAUUCGUCCAAGGAGAUGGAUGGCAAGUUUAAAGAGUGGAUUAACCAUGCCUCUGAGCUCCAUCAGGCUUGUGUUACAGCAGAACCAACUUCAGAAGACCAACAAGUCUUGAAGGACAUUGAGUCAGCUGUUGCUGGGGCAUCGAUUGACUACCAACAGAAUAUUUCUACCAAUCAAUUGGAGAAGUCCUUGGAAGCAUCAACCGAGGCAUUCAAAAGAGCUUCUGAUGGAUUACCCAAAGACUGGGACAUCGUUGGUCGGCAGAUUGUCGAAAAGCUGGUAGACAGCUUGACCGCCGCUCUGAACCAAUCCAUGCCGGUCCCUAGUACAAGUAAGCCCAAGGAUGCAAAUGAUCCUGCUUACAGCCAGGUCGUUCGGGAUCUGAUCUACUGGGAACUGCUCAGCACUGUUUUUCUUGGCACCACUGAUGGCAUUGCUUGGGACAAAGCUGGCCAGGCCACAGCCUUCGCAGCGAAGAUGCUUGCGCAUUCGCAGAAGUCUUUCGGCUCUCUGGCCUCAAGUUCGGAACCUAGCCAACGGUACAAGUCCGCACUGGAUUCGGCUUGCAAGAUUGCAAACGGGAUUGCGGCCGAAUUAGAGCAAGCUGGCAAGUCUCCUGGAUACACUGCACCGAACAAAGACUCCGAUAUGGUCAAAUCAUGGCAGAGGGAUUUCCUGAGUAACUACGCGACGGUGAUUACCAUGAACGCGACCGCCAAGUCUUUCUCGGGAUCAUUUGCGAAUGGGAGCACCGCGCCCAGUCAACUCAACAACACUGAUACGGAAAUAGCACAAGUUCAAGCUCAGACCGCCCCAGCUCAGGCAGUCCUCGAAUCAGCCAAGACAAGGCUACAUACAGCGUCUGAAGCACUGGCUGCCACACGAGAGACCUAUCAAAACUCCACUUCAAUUCUUGUUGAGCAGCAAGAAAGAUUGAACCAGGCCAACUCCAAACUGGAACGUCUCAAGAACUCUAGCCUGGAAAUGAACGCGAUCAAGGGCAUCUUGGUCCAGGCGAUCGCCACGAUGUUGGAGAUCAAGACCGAGGUUGUGAACCUCGUGCGAUUCUUCAGCGCCAUCUCGGUAGCCGUUAAAUUUGUCACAGAGAAAUAUGUCAACCCAUAUGUUGAUGCCAUCAAGGCCGGCAGCGACGGAGACAAGGUUGGGCCAUAUUCCAUGCUGGACUUUAAGCGAAGCUGCAUCCUCAAUAGCACUACCAUCAUCAGAUCCUACUUCUCAGCCUUUGCCGAUUACGCUUCAAUGUGGGCCCGGAUGUCGCAAAUGAGUAUCUUCCCUAUGCUGCGUAUGGUGGAUGAACUUUCAUCUUUCGCUGGCAUGGGGAUGGACUCGAGGAUGGUCAACAGGAAAGCAGGCGAGACACAGGAAUUUUCCAGGAGGGCACUUGAUGAGAACUCGAGGAAAGCGAAAGAUGGACAAUCGAAGACCAUAAGGAACAUGGAUACCAGGGUGUCUGAGACCAACGAGAAGAAGCAGACCUUGGGUUCUGUCCCCUCUACGAUAUCCGCGGCCAUUUCUUCUGGGGUUGAGAACUCCAAGAGAGCUGCUGAGCAGGGUCUACGAACCGAAGCAGACCAGAGCCUUUUGGCAAAGUCCCUUACCAGAGGAAACUAA